AUGUCGAAAUUUAAUAAUCCUUUAUGUACAAUUGUUGUUACAGUUAUAGAGGGUCGAUAUUUCCCUCAAAAUCCGAACGGAAAACUUUACAUAGAAUGUAGAUUCACGGAUGAGAUUCUUUCAACAAUCAGUCCAGAUUCCAAUUCAAUAUUAUCGACGGAUAGUGUAGAACAAGUAUCUUUUCCAAUAUGGGAUACAGAAUUAGCAUGGGAAGUGGAUCAAAAGACCUUACAUUUAUUAAGAACGAAAUGGGCGCACUUAAAAUUACAAGGUUUUUCGGUAGAUAAUACGAAAGGUAAUGGAUAUAAUAGAGGAGAGUUGAUAGGAUAUUCGAUGUUAGAUUUAAGGAUGGCAAGUGAUCGAAGUGGUAAAGAGAAAUGGAUAUCACUUAACAAUACAAAAGUGAAAGGGAAAGUUUUGCCAGAAAUUAAAAUCUCCUUUUGUAUCUUACCAAAUUUAUCAUCAUCCGUAAUUUCACCCAAUUGUAAUAAUAGUUAUACCCCAAGUCCAUUAGGAAAAUCAUUUUCCGUUGGUGAAUUCGAAGAAAUGGAAGAAAAUGGAGGAACGACUUCUGAAGUGGUUGAUUUAUAUAAAAUUGGAAUGAAUGGAACGGAAAUCUUCCUUUUUUCUAUCACAAUUAAUUUCGGAGCUAAUUUACAAUUAUUAUUACAAGAUACAAUAUCAUUUCUCACGCAACAACAAUUUCCUGAACUUGACCUUUCAACAUUAAAUCACGGAUAUUAUUUUCAAUAUACCGUAUUUGAAAGUGUGAUAACUUCGAACAAAUUUUAUGAUCUUUCACAUCCAAAUAUCAAUCCUGAAACCUUUACAUUUAGAAUACAAUCCUCAUUAGAAGAAUUAAAAUCUUUUUUAAUUAAAGAAUCGAACGUUGUGAUAAAUUUAUAUCAUGAUAAUCAAAUGAUUGGAUUUGCGGAAAUUCCACUCACGGGAUUAUUCGAUUAUAAAACCGGGGAACCACGUUCUUUAGAUCGAGUAUGUCCGAUGUAUAAUUCCAAAAGAGAGUUACCUGUAUCAGCCGAUGUGCAAACCGCUAGAAUUGGUGUUUACCUUACAAUAAGUAGAGAUAAUUCCAAUGAGAAUAAUGAUACCACAUCUCCUGAUGCCGUAGAGAGAACAAAAUCUUUCCCGAUUGAAAAUGUACAAGAAAAGGAACAACCACCACCAAUUCGGGAACAAAAUAAUGAACAUAAAUAUCGGGUAUUAAUCGAUUUAGAAUCAAUUCAAUUAAAUAGGAAUAUUAAAAAUAUUUACAUUAGGUAUAAUUAUCCCGCUUUAGGUAUUACUAAUAAUAAAUCAACUCAAAUACUUUCAAAUGUUGAAGUAGGUAAAGAUAUUUUAUUAAUGAAUAGUACAAACUCUAUUGAGGUUAUGAUGACACCACAGAGACUUAAUAAAUAUUUUGAGGCCGUACCUUUGCUUAUGGAAAUAUGGCAAUCCGUAGAUCAAAAGCAGUCUCAAAUCGGAGUUGCCACGUUACGUUUAGAAGAAGUAUUUCUAUCUCAACCUGUAAUAGAUGAUGAAACUAGAGCCGAGGUUAAAACUUUUACUACCUUGGCCCCUAUUAAAUCUAUCGGAGUAUCUGCAAAUUCACGUGAAACGGGUCACAUAAGUGUUUCAAUAAGGCUUGAUGAUUUUGGUGAUUCGACAAAAUCACAAAGUGUCACGGAAUUAUCCGAACUCACUAAAGAAUUUCAACCCGCUAAAGAAGAACCGGCAAAGGAAAAGGAUGAUGUUACAACGAAAUCAUUAGCAAAUGAUGAUGGAAACGGAAAUAAUUCUUCCUCUAAUAAUAAUAAUGAACAUAUUUCAACGUUUCAAUCGGAUUUAUUUAGAAAAGCGGCAGAACAUAUGAAAUACACUCAAGAAGUACUUGCCGUAAAGAAGAAGAAGAAUGGACCCGGUCAAAGUUUUAGCAAAUUUAAAGUACAACAAUUAAAAUCUAUAGAUUUUAAAUUGCAACAAUAUAUCAUUUAUUUUAAAACAAGGGAUGAAAGUUUAUUAAGAUCCGAAAAGGAUUUUGAAAGACGAUGGUUAGAAUUAGAUAGACAAUUUGAUCAAAGGACAAAAGAAUUAGAAAAUCGAAAUUCUUCUGUAAUAAAUGAAGAUUUUGUUAAAAAUUUACAACAAGAAGUUAAUGACCUUAAAAUUCAAUUAGAUACGACAAGAAGAGAAAAGGAUCAUUAUGAAUCUCAAUGGUUAAGGUCAUUACAAGUUUUAGCUGGAACGCAUGAAAAAGAAAGCGAGGAAGAUUUAUUUUUGAAAGGUUUCAGAGAAACGGAUCAAUGUUGGUGGCAAGUUAAAAGAAUGGCCGAAGAAGAAAUGGAGUUAAUUGAUUAUGAAAAAUUUACGUUGGAUAUUCUUAAAGGUGAAAUUGAAAGGUUAAAAUCUCUAUCUCAAUCUUGUUAA